AUGUCUUGACGUGACACUCACGCACAACACAUUGCAAUCUGGAGCAAGAUCGCCAUGAUGUUCUGUUCUUGAAGAAUUACACUGAUCCGUCUCCUAUGGUCUCCUACUAUCGGAACACACAUUUAGGGCAGAAAGUCAACUGCAUUUUGCUGUGCUGAUGUUGUGAGCAGUUCUAAGAGGAACUCUGCCAAAGAUAGGAACGCCAUUCAAUGAGUCUGUGACUUGCUUCACAAGUUCAGUGAAAUGGAGACUAAGCAAAGGAAACAUAAAUGCAAGUUCUGCGAUAAAACUUUUGACCAACGUUGGAAACGUACUCGCCAUGUGGAAUACCACAAGGAUAGACCAUACAUAUGUCUAUUCUGUGAUGAGAGUUUUGAAGAAAGCCAUAUGGCGAACAAACAUGUCCUGGAUUUCCAUAAGCAUGAAAUGAAAAGUGAUCAAAUCGGCCUACAACAGUAUUUCAAGGUGUUAGUCCAUGUAGAUGAUGGGCCAGAUUCGGGGAAGAUAGCCAGAUAUGACAAAGCCAAACAUCGAUUCAAAUCCAAAUCAGCUGGCGGAAUUGAUGCUGCUGCUUACCACAAAUUUCUCUGUGAUUGCAGCUUGGGGUUCAGACGCAGAGGGCGUUUUAUACAACACCAGAUGUACUGCCAAAUUUUCAUCAACAGAGUUAAGGCAAGAAAGUGUAAGAACACUAAAAGUCAACGGGAAAAACAGGAAAAACAGCUCAAGAAAAGCAAGAGUAAUACUUCAUUUCGUUGUAACAGGUGUCCGAGUACAUUCAGGUUGAUGCAAUCACUCGAAGAGCACAGAAGACUUGUACACUACAAAAAGAAGGCCAAGCCAUCCAGAGCUGAAAUGAAGAGAAAUAUACAAUACUCGGUUAGAAGAGUCGUCAACAAAGCCAGUGAAGCCACUGCUUCUAGGGGUCCUAUGGCUACAAGAGCAGCGGUCAAGCUUGCCUUUAAAAAAAAAGAGAAACACAGCAGGACUCCAGCCGAUUUCCAGGAAGGUUCGAGGACCGAGGUUGGGGCUUGCUCCAUAUGUGGUAAGCUCCUAGCACAGAGAAGCUUCGCUUACCACUACAGGCUGCACAAUGUUGACACUCUAAACGCCAAAUAUCUGAAUGAGUCGACAUCAGGGAAUCAGGUUUUAUACUUGUGCAGAUACGAAGCUUGCAAUCGAGCAUUCUCAAACAAAGACGGCUUAAAGAAUCAUGAGGUGGACCAUCUUGGCAGCAAACCCUUUAUGUGUGACCUUUGUGAUUUACUUCUCGAGACGGGAUUUAAACACAAAGUACACAUCAAGGCUUGUAUUCGGCAAAUCAAGACAAUUGCUUGCUCAUAUUGCGGUAAGUUCUUUGGAACCAAGGAUAAACUCGCCUAUCAUGAAAAAUUUGUACAUAUAACCAAGGAGACAGAAGCUUCAUACUUGUGUGGGCAUUGCUUUCAAAAUUUUCCUACACGGCCUGAACUGAACUGGCACCACUUUAAUAUGCAUCAGAAUACGAACCCCUCCUCCAAUGGCGUCUUUUAUCAGUGCACUUUUUGUUCCAUAAAAAUCAAAAUUAGAUCAAAGCUAAUUGACCAUGUGCAAUCUGAACACUGGUCCGAAAUAGCUAGCUCCACCGAUUUGGAUGGUCUCGGCAGCAAUUUGCAAAAUGAGGAGAACAAAUGGGAAUGUAACCAGUGCUGUAAAACUUUCGAUCAGAAAAUAAGCUUAACCGAGCACGAGAAAAAUCACAGUUCACAGGCACCAUUCAAGUGCAAUGGAUGUGAGCGCCAGUUUAUGUUGAGAGCGGCCCUUAAGCGGCACUCCAAAAAUUGUCUAUCCACUGUUGCCACCAGCAAGGCGAUACAUGGAGAAACUAACGAAACAGUCCGAGCAACUGAAGAAUAUGAUGAAGAUGUUAUACAUAACUCGUCAACAUCUUCAUGUCCCUCCCCAUCCCCACCCCCAUUCCCACCAGCAAGUCUUGAGAUGCAGUCUGUUCAGAUACAGAGAUUAAAUUUUACAAAACCCGUGUCCGUGAGGAGACCAGGAAGCACAGAAGUUCACCAUCAGUUCACAAACAGCAACUCUGCAGAGCCUCCAUGUUCAGGUGCCUUCGCCAAACCCACGGAUCAGGUUUACCUGAUUGAGUACUCGUCUGAACAAGUGACCAAUGGGCCACUAACGUUUUCCCUUCCAGACGAAAACACGUCAAGAGCAGCGAUUAGAAUACUACCAGAGGGUUUAAAUCUACCUGUGCCCAUUCCAGUAAAGCUGGAACGUGUGUUUUGAACUAACGGGAACAUUUUUGGGAGAGGCUAGCUUGGCCCAAUUUUAUAAAGCCUUUUAAAUUAUACAUUGUUGUGACUAGUCCCCCACUUAAUUGUUACAAAGCAAAUGCAACUUUCAAGUAAGCAGUUGUUUCUGCUUCAAAGACACUGGUCAAGCACUGGACACUAUUGGUAAUAAUCAAAGACCAGUCACUUCCCACUUGGUGUAUCUCAACAUAUGCAUAA